AUGCAACGAGGCAUUCAGAUGCGCGCUGCGCAGAACAUGCAGCAGCAGCAGCAGCAGCAGCAGCUUCAGCAGCAGCAGCAGCUUCAACAGCAGCAGUUACUGCAGCAGCAUCAGCAGCAGCAGCAGCAUCUUUCUUCCCUCGCCUCCCACCCCGCCGUCCCAUCCGUUACCGCCUCCGAACCUCCUUCCUCCAUCUCAUCCUCGUUAGUAACUGACGCGAAACCGUCCAACGAUAUCAACUUCGAGCGCGCCGGCGAAGAUUACCGGCUUCAACUUGCGCUCGCGCUUCGCCUCGCCGCCGAAGCGUCGUUUCUAGACGAAGCCAGCGAGAGGCGACGCGGGUCCGGGCGGGCGGGUUUGGACUUUGCGGAGUUCGACGCGCGGGGGAAGGGGGUGACUGGCGCGGGGGAUAGGCGGAGAGGGGGCGCGCGGAAGGGGGGAAGGGACGAGGGGAGUGUCGCGCGGGGGAGGGAGGAGGACGAGCGGCGGCCAGGGCAUAAGCUGCAUCCGUGGGAGCUGGAACGAUGCAUUUUCCGGUUCUGGACCACCCAAGUCCUGGAGUACAGCGACGCGGCGGACUCGCGGUUCUACGGGGUGUUUGGGUCGGCACUAAACGCCAAGGUGUGGGGCGUGUGCGCGGAGGCGCGCGGGCAGGGCCACAUGCCGACGCUGGACAUGCUGCGCGCGCUUGCUCCGCAUGACACGGCCGUGGACGUGGUGCUCGUUGACUUCGAAGAAGAUUCCUCGCUGAGGAAGCUCGUUGCUAAGCUGGCCGCUGGGUGUGGGAAGCAGGGGGAGGGGGAGAGGACUGGCGAGCCUACGGCGGGUGACGUUGCAAGGGUGGUAGCAGAGGCCAUGGGGGGACCCGUACCCAACGACGAAGAGAUCUAUGAGGUUUGGCAGGAGCUGGCUCGGGAGAGCAGGGUGCGGGCUGGGUCGCCCAUCAUGCUCAUCGGCAGCAUCAAGCUGGGUCUGAGUCGCCACCGCGCACUGCUCUUCAAGGCCCUAGCAGACUACUUCGGCAUACCGUGUCGCAUGAUCCGAGGGACCAAUGGCGAGGCACUCAUUGCCACGCGCUGCCGCCACAACAGGGAGUGGCUGGUAGAUGUGAUGAGGCAUCCAGGACAGAUGGCCUCUCGCUCACAUGAUGGCACAGUGGCAGGUCCCGCCUUCCUCAGAUCCCCCUUGCAGUUCGACCUCCCCUCCCCCUGGUCCGCCUCCCCCGCCCAAUCCGCGCGCCUGCACCUCCACUCGCGCCCCCCCCGCCCCCCCGGGUCCUCCCCCCAGCAGCCUGGCGCAGGGGGAGGGGGGGAGGGCGCUGGCGCAAGGGGGGAGGGUUCAGGGGCGGGGGGAGGGCAAGGGGCGAGUGGGGACGGGAGGGGAGGGUCAGGGGGAGGGGGAGCGGAAGGAGGGGGAGGAGGGGGGGCAGCAGGCGCGGGGAUUGAAUCUGAGCCGUCUGUUUAUGCCCUGGCAACGCAGCAGCGGUUUGCAGGGCGGAGCAGUUGCGGUUGCGGGAUAAGGAGGGGGGUGUGGGGGCAGGGGGGAGCGUCAGGGGGAAGGGGGAGCGCGGGGGGAGGGGCGGGGGGCGCGGAUGGUGCUGGCGGAGUAGCAGAGAGGUGCUCAGGCAGGCUUAGCGCGUUGGGGGAAGCAGGGGGAGGGGGCGGAGGGGGCGGAGGGGGCGGAGGGGCAGGGGGGGGAGUAGGGGGAAGCGGGGGGCAAGAAGAUAACCCCCCCGCAGGUGGUGCUGGGGGGGCGGAGCGGAGUGGGGGAGGGGGGGGCGCAGGCGCAUCUGGGAGGAUGGCGGAAGGGGGGGGAAGCAGCGGGGGGAUGUUGGGGAGAUGGCUCAAGAGUCCCGCAGGCAGUGAGCGGGUGUUCUGGGGGGGCGCAGGGGGGGAAGGGGCAUGGGCGCAAGGGGCAGGGGGAGCAGGGGGAGAGGGGGGAGCAGGGGGGAGAGGCGUCCGGGGGAAAGGGGGGAUUAUGGAGGGGUGGGGAGUGGUGGCGCCAGGGAAAGGGGGGAAGGGGAGGAAAGGCAAGGGAGGGGAGAAGGGGAUGGGGAGGACGAGGGGAGGGAGGAGAGGGGGGAAGGGGAGGGAGGCGGAGGAGGAGAGGGGGGAGGAGGAGCGGGGAGGGGCGGGGGCUGCGCGGGAGAUGGUGGAUGAGGGGGCUAUGGUGCUGCGAUGGGCAAUGAAAGAGCUUGAAAUCGACUGGGCUGACUUGCACUUGCGGGAGAGAAUAGGGCAAGGUUCUUAUGGUACGGUGUAUCGGGGAGAAUGGCAGGGAUCGGACGUGGCAGUGAAGGUCUUUCUAGACCAGGACUUGGGCUCGCAUGCUCUUGAGGAUUUCAGAACAGAGGUGGCCAUAAUGUUCAAAGCGCGCCAUCCCAACGUGCUCUACCUCAUGGGUGCUGUCACCCGCCCACCUCACCUCUCUAUAGUCACCGAAUUUUGCCCACGGGGAAGUAUCUUCAGGCUGCUGCAGCAGCCCAAUCGCGAGCUGACACCUCAGCGGAGGCUGAGCUUUGCACUUGAUGUGGCGAAGGGCAUGAACUAUCUGCACAAGCGCAAGCCGCCCAUCGUGCAUCGGGACCUCAAAACGCCCAACCUGCUUGUUGACAAGGACUGGACCGUCAAGGUGUGCGACUUUGGGCUCUCCAGAUUGAAGCAUCGAACAUUCCUCUCCACCCGCUCUGGUGCCGGCACGCCUGAGUGGAUGGCUCCAGAAGUGUUACGCAAUGAACCCUCCAAUGAAAAGGCGGAUGUGUAUAGCUUUGGUGUGAUUCUCUGGGAGCUUGCAACCAUGCAGCAGCCAUGGACAGGUCUCAACGCCCUUCAGGUGGUGGGAGCAGUGGGGUAUCAGAACAGGCGCCUGGAGGUGCCAGACACAAUAGACAGCAGAGUUGCAGCAGUCAUCAAGUCAUGCUGGAGCGAUGAGCCCUCGCUGCGGCCAAGCUUUGAAGAAAUAAUCGGGUUCUUGCGGCAGCAGCAGCAGCUUCGAUAA